GCUUCGGAGCUUUGCUGUCAUUUUGGGGGUCGACAGUGUGGUUGCUCGCACCCCCUGGUGAAAGCAGACAAGCGCCAGCGAGAAGUCCUGCAGAACCUGUCCGAACAGGAACUACUGGAGAUGUUACUGCGGCAGCUGUCACAGCGAGCGCUUCAUGCUGAACUGGCUUCGGAGUCUUUCGGAAUCCAGCAGCAGCUUCAUCAGGCUCUUGCGAAGCUAGCGCACCAGGCCGCCAGCCUAAAACCAGCCCAGCAGCGGAACUUGGAGAAGCUUAUGACGCGAAUGAGUUGGUGGCAGCUGAUGCAGGUUGCCAAGAAGAGUUCAUGUGUUGAUCCUGCUUUCAUCGAGGAGAUACAGAAAGAGAUGGCCAGCCUCAAACAUGGCACGGUGACACAGGAGCAUUGCCAUGCUAAGAGUUUCUGGCUCUGA